CUCCGAUCCGGUUUCACAUGCUACAAAUAUCCUUCAGGGGUCGUUAUACUACAGAGGCAUUGGCCAAUAAUCACAGGCUGAAGCUGAAGUGUCACUUUCCAGAGGCCAAGAGAAGGACUUUGCUGCAGCCAUGAGUCAAGUCUUGGACAUUGAAAGCUGUGAUCUGAACAUUAAGAGCAACAGCAGCAGCCAUCACACGGAGCUGUAUGGAGAGGAGCGUUUGAUUGUCAGGAGGGGACAGCCCUUCGUCAUCACUUUACAUCUGAAACCUGGCAGCAAGGACUUCAGACUGAGUGACACAAGCUUCUCACUCAUCGUUGAAACAGGUCCGUUGCCCAGGAAAGAAUCAGACACCAAGGUCACGUUAAAUCUCGGUGACUCCACAGUGGAUGAUGAAUGGAGCAUGUCUGCUAUAAAAGAUCCCUCUGGAAACACAGUGUCUGUGUCCAUCAAUUCCUCCCCCAACAGUCCCAUAGGAGUUCACUCUCUGACUCUGGACCAGCAAGGACAGAGGACAAGUUUAGGACAGUUCACUCUGCUUUUUAACGCCUGGUGCUCCAGAGACGCUGUUUACAUGCGCAGUCAGACAAAGAAGCAGGAGUAUGUCUUAGCGCAGCAGGGACAGAUCUACAGGGGAACGCAUAAACGCAUCAAAGGGUUACCCUGGAACUUCGGACAGUUUGAAGCAGGAAUACUGGAUAUCUGUCUGAAGAUCCUGGAUGAAAACCCCAAAUUUGUGUCUGACGCUGACAAGGACGUCUCUGCCAGGAGAAAUCCCAUUUAUGUGACCAGGGUGCUGAGUGCCAUGAUCAACAGUAAUGAUGACAGGGGGGUGCUGGUGGGAAAUUGGGGAGAGAUUACAAAUGGAGUCCAUCCAGGAACGUGGAUCGGCAGCGGGGACAUUUUGAAACAGUGGGCUGAAAGUGGCCCUGUGCGCUACGGCCAGUGUUGGGUCUUCGCUGCUGUGGCGUGCACAGUGUCUCGAGCCCUGGGCAUCCCAUGUCGAGUGGUCACUAACUUUGGAUCCGCUCACGAUUCGGACGCCAACCUGCUCAUAGAAAACCUGUAUGAUGAAAAUGGAGAAAGAAUUUCUGAAGGGGAUUCGAUAUGGAACUUCCAUGUUUGGGUGGACAGCUGGAUGACUCGUCCAGACUUGGACUCGAAGUAUGAUGGGUGGCAAACCAGCGACCCCACUCCACAGGAAACAAGUGGAGGUGUUUUCUGUUGCGGACCGGCCUCAGUGAAAGCCAUCAAGGAAGGACAGCUGACCAAUAAGUAUGAUGCUCCCUUUAUUUUUGCUGAGGUCAAUGCAGAUGUUGUGGACCUGGUGCGUCUGUCAAAUGGUGAGAUAGUGAAGUUCAGCGGCUCCACUAAGAGUGUGGGUCGCUUCAUCAGCACCAAAGCUGUGGGCUCAGAUGACAGAAAAGACAUCACAUACCAUUACAAGUAUCCAGAAGGCUCAAAGGAGGAAAGGCAGGUGUAUGAGAAAGCCCAGCACCACAACAAGCUACAGCAGCGAGGAGAAGAGCCGGGCCUCCACCUCAAGAUCAAGCUCUCUGACAACAUGAUCGUGGGCUCAGACUUUGAGGUGCACGCUGUCAUCACUAACAACCACAUGGAGGCCAGAACCUGCACCGUCCUGUUCUUCGCCAAAGCCGGUGGUUACAAUGGGAAACUGGGAGAGAGCUGUGGGUUCACUUCAGACAAAGUGGAGGUGCCGUCCGGAGAAGUUAGGCGCCUGCCCCUCAAACUGGAGUACGACAUUUAUGGAUCGGUGAUCACCUCAGACAGGCUGAUCCAGCUGACUGCCAUCACCAUCGACAAACAGACCAUCGACUACAACAAGACUGAGAAGACCAUCGUCCUCGAUGAGCCAGAAAUAGACAUCAAGCUGGUGGGAGAAGCCACGGUGAAGCAGCCGAUGAUGGCCGAACUCACCUUGUUGAACCCUUUGCCUGAGCCACUGCAGGACUGCAGCUUCACCGUGGAGGGGGUCGGCCUCACCCACGGAAAACCCAUAACAGAAAAGAUUGGAGCUGUUGGCCGGAAAGAGGCGGCCAAAGCCAGAGUGGAGUUCAGUCCCACCAGCGUUGGCCCCAGUGUGCUACUGGUGAACUUCGACAGCGACAAACUGAAGAACAUCAAGAGCUUCAUCAAUGUUGUCGUGAAGGAGUGAGUCGGUCCAGAGUUUGACAUCAGGAAGAGCUUUUGUUUAUUAAUUCAGGGGCCGCCAUAAAGCUUCGUUUAAAAAAAAUUCACAUAACAUUUGAAUCCAACUGUUAUUCUAGAAUAUACUACGCUGUUGUACCAGUCAUUUUCUUUUCAGAGUAACUAAAAGCACAACAAUCACCAUCCUCUAAAUAGGUUGUACAUUGCCACUGUUGUAGGAUAGAGCUCACACAUUGAGUACAAGUUUGUUUUUAAGUUUGAUUUUGUUACAUUUGAAUGUCACAAUAAACCUUGUGUGGUUGAUUUGUUUUUUCAAGAGCGCAGCACUUUUCACCUAUUUUGCUUAUGAAAAUAAAGAUUUUGAAAAUA